AACCACGAGUCGGAGCAGCAGGGAAAAAGGACAGGGAAAGGUAAAGAUGGUGUUCAGAGGGAAGGAGAUGAUGAAAAAGAUGAUAACGAAGGUGGGAGAGAACAACCUGGCGCCUGGUGUGAAAGAACAACUUAAAAAAUGCAUUCCGGACAGCAAGGUCGUCAUGAACCGUGCCAAACGCGGCCUUUACGCCGGCCGACACAUCCAGUUCGGCAACCGUAUCAGCGAAGACGGCGGAAACAAGUCGAGGAGAAGUUGGAAGCCUAAUGUACAGGAGAAGCGUCUGUUUAGUUAUAUCUUAGAUCGCCACAUUCGAGUCAAAGUAACUACUCAUGCCCUCCGUUGCAUUGACAAGGCAGGUGGAAUUGAUGAGUACCUGCUGAAAACUCCCUACCACAAAAUGGAUACAGAAAUGGGCCUAUUUUGGAAAAAUAAAAUCGAGAAGAUGUAUGAAGAACUUGGGCAAAGGGAGGUAGUUUUCUUUUCACCCGAGGAUGAAGCAAAUUUUGAGCUAGGAUUCAAAGACCUGAAGCUAGCCGAGAGAGCAGCUCGAAGGGAUGCUAGAAGACAGAUGUAUGGAUGGUCUGGGAAGCAGGAAGAAAUUGAGGAUGGAAGAACCAGCCAAGAGAGUCACGAUGAAACUGCCAAUGAUGGGGACGAUAAUUUAGAUGGCAAUCUUCAUAAACAAUGGGUUGCAAAUUCUUGAAUUUAUAACUUUUGCCAUUUUUUUUGGGAUGAAGAAUUUUGUAGCUGUGCUUUAUAUAUGUGCUACUUUCAGAAUUAGUGUUACGAUAGACAUGCGCAUGUCGUCAACUUCACAGUUAAGGUAAACAGGAUUUUUCUUCAGUAAUGUACAAUUUUAGCCAAUCAGAACAUAGAAUGCAGAUGAACAUUCGCAGUUUUAUAUUUCAUGACAGUCAGAUACCUGUACUGGAUCUGUUAAAGCAUCUAAGUGCUUAUCUAAGCUUGAUAUUUGAGAGACGGUAUAGAUGAUAAUAUUAGAUCGAAAAAUGAGUUUGCGUAAAAAUUUUAGACUUGUUUUAAAUAU